CGCCAUUCACUUCUCCCCUCUCCAGAUAGCCCAUCCUUACAACUCGACCAUUGCCUCCCCCUUUGAUCCCCGCUGCUUUUCGAACUAACACCCUUCACGGGGGCCCAUCAAUCACCACGAACGCCCCCAAUCCACCAUGGCCCAGAGCAGAGCCCCAUCGUCAGAGAUUCCCGAGGCACGGUGCGGCAAACAUCCCUUGCGGUACGAGGAGAUCAUGCGCCGUGGCACAUAUGUCAAUGCCCAAGGCCAGCUGGUCGAUUACAACUACGUUGAAACUCACUAUGAUUCGGAUGGUUUCUGCGCCGUGGAGAACUGCGCCUUCCGGAUGUACAGUGGCGUCUGGAGGUGCCAUGUCUGCCGUCGAGGCCCCAACACCGAAGGACGCUGUGACAGGAACGUGGUGAGGGAUGGCAAAGGCAGAAUUUGCAACCAUCAGUGCUGCCACCGGUGUCAGGCUUGGGAUCCCUAAGCGGACAGCCGGUGAUCAUUCCGGCGUAGUGGCUUUUUUUUUUUUUUUUUCUUUUUCGUGACUUCUGAUCUUGAUCAUCAGAUCAGGUUGGUUCUUUGGAUUGUGUAUCGAGCCGGACGAAAUUGGUCCACGAGCCUGCAAGUGUGCAAUAGAGGCCGCGACGCACGUUGUUUCAUGGAUUCGGAAUGGAAGUUCUUCUUUCCUCUUGCAAGAACUCUACUGAAGACAGCGUGAGCCACCAAUUGUCUGGGUAUAGUUC